AUGGGCACUGAACCCGCCACCUCCGGCAGGCGGAGAAACGAAAAGGGCCGGUCUAAGAUUGGAUGCCUGACCUGCCGCGAGAAACAUGUCAAGUGUGACGAGCAACUUCCCGCGUGCCGCAGAUGCAAUCGCCUGGGCCUUGACUGCCGGCCAUUCUGGUUGAAGACGGUAAAGGCUCCGCAACCGUCCCGGUCAAGAUGUCGAAUUCUGAGGCCCAAAACCUCUGCUGCGCAGCAUAUUUUUGAUCAUACGGAGACUUCGUCGCCUCUGGCCGAAGCGAGCGAGGCAGAUUAUAAUGCAUGCCUCCAGCCAGCCAUCUUGCAUUCUCCGGACCUGACCCAGCGGGGUGAUGCCAUGACUUCAUGGCUUCUGGCGUCUCCUGCAAAUACCGAAAAGCAUGCCCAGCAUCUGAAUUCUACUACUAUAGAUGGCUUUCAAAGCCACGAAUCAGACACAGAAAGGGCAUGGCUCUUGGAGAAUGACAUCAUCGCAAUUAUAUCCAACGUCAGGAAUGACCUUACACAGACUCAAAUACCACCUCAACCGUCAUCAUCCCAUAUCGCAUUGCCCAAUGCUCUUGUCCUCAGCUUGAAUGAAAGGCGCGCUCUCCGUCACUAUGAGACGGCCUUUACAGCAACACAGACUACAAAAGAUGUCCAAUGGGCACUGCCGACGCUUCUACUGCGACAGGCAUUGCACUGCAGCACAAUGAUGCAUUUCAUUCUAGCUCUCUCGCUAUUCGAUCUUGACACGAAGUCCGAUUCGAUUCUCGGCAAUCGAGUACUGGCUAUUCAUCAUUUCAAUGCAGGAACCUCGAGGUUGGUCAGUGUACUGGCGAACACAACGACAUAUAAUCACGUGGAGAUUCUAUGGAGCUUUUACUGCAUUUAUGUAUGCGUGUCGAAGCAGAAAUGCAUUGACAAGGACAAAUUGAACAGGCUGAGUCGGACUGUCUCUCAGCACCUGACAGCCUACUUAGUCGACUGUUUCACUAUAAACAGUGAUGGGUCGACCGCUUUUGAUAGCCACGAGGGCACUGUAAAUACGCUAUCAUCUCCCGCGACGAAGAGUUUAUGGUGUAAGUUGCUCUUCUGGAUUUACCAAGAAGACGCAUCAUCAGCGUCUUGGGGUUGUAACGCUGAAGUCGCCCAAUAUUUCGCCCAGCACCCCGAUUUUACGAGACAUAUUUGGGAGCUAUCACGGUCGACACUGAUGCUCAACUGGGGACUCGAGUACCCAGAGAAUCAAUGUUUUACGGACAUGGAACUUUCGCACGUGGUUGACUUGAGCGUUGACCUCACUAAGCUUCGCUUCCAAAAAUAUAUGCUGAUUUUCAAAAUGGUUGCCUCAUCUGCGGUAAAAACGACAGAAGCCACCACGUUUGGAGCUGCAGCGGUGGCCAUUUUCCACGCGAUCGAGAUAUGCUAUUACUUACACUUGGCUAGUCAUACCAAGGACGAAAGACGUGAGGCUGUUAACGCUUCCUUGACAAAGUUACUUCAUGCAGCGCGCCAAGUCUUCUCAUAUAGCUCUCAAGUCCCCCAGCUUGACUUUUUCCAAUGGGCGCUCUUCAUUGCAGGAGCGGCCACGGAAGACGCAAUUCAUGCAGACUGGAUAUCAGAUCAUAUUCCGCCAUCGCGUUUGAAAUUCGGCUUCAAUAUGAUCCUGAGUCUUAGAACCAGCAUUGGGCCGGUUGUGGAUAUGGAAAUCAUAAACAAAAUCCUUGCUGGGUGGUAUCAGCUUGAGGAUUGUAAUGAUUGA